CACCGCAUGAUAACACAAAUCGAUCUCCCUUCAUUUUCUCUAAAGCUAUGGGUUUUUCCUCCACUCAAAACGGGCAUCACCAGAAGGCUGCAAAAGAAUGCGGUGACCCCAUAGUUCUGGCGAUCAAAUAUCCUUCGUUUAAUUCCUCUUCCUCACUUUCAUCGUCAUCGUCUUCGCUGGCAUCUUCGUAUUUUCCCGAUGAUUCAUGUCUCAGACCCGGAACUCCAUUCCGAUUUUCAGGUGUUCCAUUCUCUUGGGAACAUUUGCCGGGGAUCCCCAAGAAUCUACAUAACCACAACAAGAAGGAGUACUCCAUGAAGUUGUUGCCAUUGCCGCCGCCGACAAUCCUACGGACCUCAAAAAACAACAGUUCCGAAGUUGCGUUAACAAGGAAAAAAGCAUCCGCCGGCGCUUCCGAUAGUUUCCGGCGAGUGGAUCCAUUUUUCGCUGCGUUGGUCGAGUGUUCCAAGGAAGACGGUGAUGAAGCGACCGAAAGGAAUCCGUGGACCGAAGCUAAGGUAACGAGGAGCAUGAGUGACCGGUUGGGGUUCAUAAAUAUGUACUCUUCGUGUAAAAGAAGUUGUGCGGUUUCGGAAUCAACAGUGUAUCUUCCGAGGUCACGAAGAACGGCUGAUUAUGGCCUAAUUAAUCACCGUAGCUCUCGUUAAAUAAGAAGAAUUCAAUGCUUGCGGCCAUGCCUUUCUUCUUCGGUCCACCAGUACAGCACCAUCAACUUUAUAAGUGGAAGACUUUGACAGUAACUCCUUGUGUCCUAUUCAUCAUUGGGUUUCAGAAAAUAUUUAUAUAAAAAUCCCAUUGGUUUUGCUGUAUUCCAUGUGAUGUUUAUUGAAAAUGUCCGUGAAGAUUACAUUACUCCACGUGGGAGCAAAUAAAAAAGACACAUCUUUGA